UGCUGACAGGAAGAGACCCGUAAAUCAAGUGGGAGGGAUAAAAAAUGGAGUAGCCGGGAAAGAAACACCCAGUUAUAUAAAAGGCUGCCGAGAAGGACUUUGCUUUCCUUGCUAGCUCAGCUUCUGGUACGACUUGAGCCUCGCGUUUAUUUCUCCCCUCCUAGCGCAAGAAGCAUUUGAAGCGCAAUUUUUUAAAGAGUCGCACAGCGAUUGCAUUUGAUUCCGCCACCCCACCCCCACCCCGUCUCCACUUUCCAUUGCCUACGAAAGAAAGCACGAGUUUGAACGAUCACGAACUUCUGCCUUUCCCCUUUAAAAAACUUUCCCCGAUUCACUUGCCGAGAAACUGCGGCUGCUACGCGAAGCAGCGCAAAGCGAUCAGGAAAUCCGGCCUGCAAGCACAGGGGUCGCUCCCCGGGAGCUUGCACAUGUCUGACUCGCUUGCGUCUCUUUCUUCUUUCUCUGGGAAGCCAUCGCCGGCCGGAAAGGGGGCGCGAUUGCCAUCUGGGUUUUGCUGCAGACCGGCUGGAGUGAGCGGGAUCCGGGCCCGGAAAGCAGAAGCGAGCCGGCGGAACUUUCGGAGACGUUGGCGGUAAGAAAGGAGACGUGGGUGGGGGAAAGAUGGGGGAGGGCGUUUUAUGCUGCUUUCAGUCGUCUUUCGGGGUGGGGGUAGGGUAGCUCAUGAAAUCCGCAUUUUUCUGUUAUCCCGAGCGAUUGGAAACAAGGACAAGGCUCCUUGCCUUUGCUUCUCGCUCUCUGAAACCUAAACAAGCAUCGAAACAACAGGGGGAGUCUUUCGGCAGCGCCUUAAAGACAUCACGGGAUUUUGUGUACGCACCGUCGGAUGCCUGGGUGAGCGGCAGCCUACCAGUCAGAUUUAUAGACAGGGGAACAUCGAAUGGCACUGGGAGGCAAGGUGAUGGAUUUCCAGAGCAUAAGAAGUUCAUUAAACAAGCAUUUGCAGGAGUGGGUUGGUGAUCCGCGGUCACCAAAGCUCAGCCACGCCCUACGAUCUGCCCUGCGCAGAUAAGAGGAAAAAUCGGGACAAGGAGAGCCCCCGGAGGAUGGACGGGGCUGCGCUGCAGUCUGUGGGUUUGUAGAUUUGUAGGGCGACUGUCUAACCACGUGCAGUGCAGGAUUCUCAACGGACGCCUCCAUGACAGAUGGCCACGUGGAGGGAGAUAAGGAAGGGAUGGCUCAUCAGUGGAAGAUGGGAAGUGGCUCAAAAUGGUUAAGGGUCGGGAUGAGUAUGCAAAUAGAGUUUGAAACUGAAAGUGUGUACAGUAUAUAGUACUGAGGUCAAGCUGCCUCUUAAAAUGGCAAACAAACAAACAAACAAACAGUACAACAUCCACACAAAACCUUUGGCAGUAUUUCACAAUAUGGGGCUCUCUGAGUGGCAAAAUGGAUCUUCUCAAUAAUGGGCCUUCUCUAUUUUGCACCCCCUCGGCUCGAUUGGCACCCUGUGUGGGAGAACCGCCUACACCAACCUAAAUCUGAAGAAAACAUUCCCCAUCUUGGAAAGCAUUUGCAGAUACUGUGCUGUAUUAGAUUUCAGGAUCUGAACUGCGGUGCAAUGCUCCAGAUGGUCAAGCUGUGCUGGCUCUGUUUCUGCAGGAAUAGUGUAGUGCAGGAAUGGGGAUCUGUUGGCCUCCAGGUGGUGGACUGCAACUCUCCUCAGCCCCAGCCAGCACGCCCAAGGGUCAGGGAUGAUGGGAGUAGUCCAAUUACUUCUUGAUGGACUCCAAUGUCAUCAGUCCCCUCCAGCAGGAAGUCACUGUGCUGGCUACUUUUUCUUAUUUUGAUGAGAAACACCCACCUAUUUUAAGGUGUGCUGUCCUGCCUUCAGUUAUUGCAUGAGUCAUUCCAGCACUUUAACUUGGCAGGGAUGAAAUCUUAGAUGGUGUGGUGUGGAAAACAGUGCAAAGCUUUUGCUGCUGUCUAGUUUCCUCCAUGCCCAAGGAUCACAUUUCCUCUCAUGCCAGGGACAGAUAAUAGAUUCAGAUGUCAUUCAUUAUAGUCCUAACAAUGCAGUUGGUUCACGUUCUAUAGCCUGUGCUUUGGGAAAAAGCUUAGCGUGACUCAUUCUAAAUUAACCACUUUGGAUGCAUGUGAUGAAGCAAAGAUUUGUUGCGGUUCAUAUCUAAGAUUUACGGUUUGCCUCAGCUUGGCUUCACUUGUCUCUUCAAGUUAAAACAUUUUUGCUUUCUGUCCUCCAUUAUCUGCAGGCAUUUCUGCACAGACUUGGAAGAAACUCAUCUCUUUCUUUCUCUCAACCAAAUUCACCCCACCCCAUUUCCUUUAAUAUCUCCUUCUGUUCAAUGUACCAAACAGAAUUUUCUGCAUAUGACAUACUUUGGUAGCAAGCAUUAGCCCUUUCCCUGUGCUUUUAUGAGCAUCUUGUUCUUGCAGAGGUUACCAGGUCUUAGGGUUUGUCUGCAUGCCACAAACUUGCAGAUUUUUGCAGAUCAAGUUGCUAUUACAGGCACAGGAACAGGCAAUGCUGACCUUUCUCUAGACACCUGGUAACCCAUUACCUAAAUUAAUCAAUCUCCUUUUAUUUGUUUGAGAACAGGAACUCCAUGCUCUUCUCUAGCUUACUAACAGUGGGCCUCCUGAACCAGAAGUCCCAUAAUAUUCAACUUUUUAUGUCAUUUAUUGCAUUUGUAUACAGUGGUACCUUGGUUUACAACCAUAAUCCGCUCCGGAGGUCCAUUUGUAAACCAAAACAGGUUGUAGCCCAAGGCGCGCUUUCGCCAAUGUGGCCUCCAAAAGAAUUUUGUUUGUAAUCCAAAAAAAAUGGGUUGUAAUCCAAAAAAAGGUUGCAAACCCGGACACGCACUUCCGGGUUUGACGUGUUUGUAAUCUAACACGUAUGCAAACCAAGACAUAUGCAAAUCAAGGUACCACUGUACUGCCUUUCUGCCAAGGCACCCAAGGCAGUUAACAAUUUAAAAAUACUAAAACAAAUAAAUUAUAUAAAGUAUAGAGUGACAGAGUCCUCUCAGACUGGCUGGGGCCAAUGGGGCAUGCUCCCUGGCCUGGUCUCCCUCACUUCUGAAGGUCAGGGAUGAUGGGAAUUGUAGUCCUAAACAUCUGGAGGGCUGGAGUUUGCCUAUGCCUGCCGUAGAGUAAGCUGUCCUACCAGGCACUCUCCUUAUCUUGGGAGGAAAUAGGUAAUCAAGCCUAUGUUCCCCGCAGUCUACCUAAGAAGUUCAAUGUGUGAAGAGGUUUGAACCGGUUGCUCCAGCUUAGACCACAUGGCUCCCGCCAGCCUCUCUUGAGUUCCUAUACCAAUAAUUUAGGAACCUACCCUACUUUGUAGCUAAGCCAAGGUUUACUGCCUGUGCAAUUUUGUGAAGCACAUGAAUAUGACCUUUGAAGCAUUGGUAAGUAAACAAUUUUUAAACUUACCAAACGUGUGGUAUUUUUUGUAUGCUGAGGGAAGAGGGAAACUUUAGAAAGAAACUUACCAUAUUUUCAAAACUAGGCAUCUGCUGUGCAUCUUUUUCCAGGGGUUUCAUCACUUGAAAAGAAAGCACUGGGUCAUUUUCCAUUUUGGAAAAUGUUCCACUUUACAUCACAGCUUGAAAGGGGAUGGGGUGGGGAAGCAUUUCUGUGAUAUUUAUUCUGUCCUAUCAGUGCGCAUCACAUGUUCAGAGUAAUAUAAGAAAAGAAAAAGAGGUCCUAUCCCUAGGGAGCUUACAGUCUAACUUCUAACUGUGGGAGACAGCAGGAGAAGGGAAUGGAGAGGAAAGAAUAAAGGGAUGAGUGCAGUUAUGCAGAUUCAAGUUUUAUUAAGGAAUGUAUAUGCUGCCUUGGGGGGGGGGAGCUCUCUAAAGGCAGCUUACAAAACAUAAUGAAAACAAUAUAAAACAACUUUUAAAAAAUGCAUAUUAAAAAAUCAAUUAGGAAGCUAAAGCAGCUGCAGUUUAAAAACUAGCACAACACUUUUUAGUAAAAUGCAAAUUGAAACUAAAACAGUUUAAAAGUCCUUUUUAAGAGCUAGCGAAAGUGGGGGCCCACCAUGCACAAUUCCUUCAAUAGAGAGUUCCAGAGAUACGGGGCCAGAACUGAAAAAGUUCUUUCCAGUCUGCUGGAACUUGAUGGGAGGCCUCUGAGGCUGCUGCUCCUAAGGCCCAGGCAAAUUGAUUCAACCAGCAAAGAGAACUGCAAACAAGUCUCCAACAAUGAGGAGGAUAAAUAAACAGAAGCAAAAGCUAACAUGUGUUGCCGCCCUCCAGACUUCUUGUCAAAGAAGCACACGAAGAAGGGCCUCAGAUGAUGAUCGCAGGGUCUGGGUCGGUUCAUAUUCAGCGAGAAAUGAUCCUUGAGUUAUUGCGGUCCUGAGCCAUUUAAGGCUUUAUAGGGUCAAAACCAGCACUUUGAAUUGGGCCCAUAAAUUAAUUGGCAGCCAAGCAGUCAGGCCAAGAUUGGCAUUAUAUGCUCAAGGAUCUUCUUGCCCUAGUGAGCAACUUGGCCACUGAAUUCUGCACCAGCUGAAGUUUCCAAACUGUCUUCAGAGGCCGCCCCACAUGUAAUGCAUUGUAGUAAUCUAACAUAGAGAUUACCAGAGUGUAGAGGAAGUUAGACUAUCCAUGUCCAGACAGGGGCAUGGCUGGACCACCAGCCAAAGCUGAUGGAAGGCAUUCUGUGCCACUGAGGACACCUGAGCCUCAACCAACAGCAUUGGAUCCAAAUAAACCCCCAAGCUGUGUACCCAUCAAGGGCAGGAAGAACCACUGCAAAUAAAAAAAACUGAUUUUUUCCCCCCCUGCAUCAAGAGUGCUCCCACCACUGGUUUGUUAAGCCAUGCACACACGAUAUUAGCCACAGUCUACAACUAUCCUGCAUUUUCUUGAGAAAGACUGCUUUUUGAGGUAUUUCUCUUCAAAACAGCUUUGCUCUGAUUUGAGAACAGAAGCCACAUGUGAAUGUGGAGAGAACUACCUUACUGUUUUAAGUUGGUAAUGUGUGCGCAGCUGUAGCUAAAAACAAGUUGAAUCGGCAACAAAAUCUUGCAGUGUGGAGUGCUUCACUCCCUGUAAGCCAUUCCUCCCAUAUCUAGUUGUGCAUUUCCCCACAUACACACACCUGCAAAAAGCAGUGUUUUGUGACCCUCAGCAUGCUCAGUCCUCAGUGGGGCAUUUUUGGGGUUUCCCCUUAAAGGGUUUUUGUUUUGGUCACCCUAACCCUUCUUUGUACAGUGGUACCUCAGGUUACAUACGCUUCAGGUUACAGACUCCGCUAACCCGGAAGUAGUACCUCAGGUUAAGAACUUUGCUUCAGGAUGAGAACAGAAAUCGUGCGGUGGCGGCGAGAGGCCCCAUUAGCUAAAGUGGUACCUCAGCUUAAGAACAGUUUCAGGUUAAGAACACACCUCCGGAACGAAUUAAGUUCUUAACCCGAGGUACCACUGUACUCCCCAACCCUUCUUUUGCACCGCCUAACCCUUCUUUUGUACUCCCUAACCCUUCUUUCGUAUUCCUACAAACCUGCUAAUGUUUCCCUUAGGGGAUGUUCAUUUGCCUACAUAAGCACUAGCACUGAAAGCCUGAACAUCAGGGAGGGAAUGGUUGACUCAAGAACCUUGUAAAACAACUCUCUGAUUUUAGAACUGCUGCUGCUUCCCUACAGUUUAGUGUAACUUCAGCAGAGGGCAGCAAAUUCCUUCUUCUGAAAGUAGGCAGUGAGAGAGGCAUAGGAUGUGAAGCGUGAAUGCCUGCAAACUGAUUGCCAAAUAAUAUUCAUGUUUUUCAAAAAAAGAGAGAGUAGAAAGUGGGGGUUGUAGAAGGUUGAUGGAGAAGCCUGGGUGAGAGACAGAGAAAUGUCAUUCUCCCGGGGUGAGAAGCUGCGAGGAGAAAGGAAAGAUCCCAGGUGAGAGUUGGGAUAAGUGACUUUAGUCUGCGGGUGUUAAGGGCUAAGAAUUAUUUUUUAAGAGAGGACUCCAUAUCCUGCUUAUUCUGUUCGUAUUUUUUCUAGCUGCUAUUUUAUUGUACAGUGGUACCUCGGGUUACAUACGCUUCAGGUUACAGACUCCGCUAACCCAGAAAUAUUACCUCGGGUUAAGAACUUUGCUUCAGGAUGAGAACAGAAAUCAUGCUCCAGCGGCGCAGCAGCAGCAGGAGGCCCCAUUAGCUAAAGUGGUGCUUCAGGUUAAGAACAGUUUCAGGUUAAAAACGGACCUCCGGAACGAAUUAAAUACUUAACCUGAGGUACCACUGUAUUCUGAAAAACUUUAAUAAAAACCUCAUACCUGAAAGAGAGAGCGAGGUGAAAAUUUUGAUUGAAAGCUGAAAAUUUUGAAUUGGAGGUGGGCAGAAAGACAGAGAAUGUUCCACUAAAACAACUGUAAAUUUGCUCUCUGCUUGACUUUGUCCCAUCUUUGAUUUGUACACCACAUUGUAAAUUUAAAAUGCCACUCUGUAUUCAUUUACUUCAGAUUUUCCCCAGUUAAAUGCCUUUAAUACGUGGUAUGGAAUUCAGUGGGGUUAUAACCAUUUUAAGAUUGUAGAUGUGGAAGGUCCCCCCCCCCCCGAUGAAUUUUCACCGCCCAUCAUUCCCUUGUUCUUCAAGUAUGAUUGUAGAUGACUGGAACAAAGGACCAGUGAAACAUUGAUCCCAGCGCAGUAUUGCAACCAGCCACAAAGACUGUUCACAUGUUCCAUUCGCCAGCAGUAGCAUCUUUUCACUUAGUAAUGUUUGUGUACUAAUCCCACAGCUCUGUAAAGCAGAUUAUACACAGGAACAUAGGAGGCUGCUUUAAUGUGAGUCAGGCAGUUUGCCCAUCUAGAUCAGUGUUUCCCAGACUUGGGUCUUCAGCUGUUUUUGGACUACAGUUCCCAUCAUCCCUGGUCCUGCUAGCUAGGGAUGAUGGGAGUUGUAGUCCAAAAAACAGCUGGAGACCCAAGUUUGGGAAACCCCGAUCUAGAUCAAGGCUGCUUGCGCCAGGGAGGAGGAACACGUGGCCCUCCAGACGUUGCCAUACCACAACUCCUUUUUCAUCCCUGCCAUUUAUUAUUAUUACUACUACUACUAAUAAUAUAAUGCCCUAUACCCCGAGGUCUCAGGGCAGUUCACAGAAUAAAAUCAAAAUAUAAAACCACAAAAUACACAAUCAAAAUAAAAACAACAACCCAAUACCCCCUCCCAACCCCCACAUUUUAAAAGGGCAUAGGAUGUCAGGACGAAUUUCAGUUUCUUAGGUCAAGACUAGCUCAGUUAGUUAGAGCAUGAUGCUAAUAAUGCCAAGGUUGCCGGUUCGAUCCUUGUAUGUGACAGCUACAUAUUCCUGCAUUGCAGCGGUGUUUUUUACUAUCUAAUCCUCCCAGUUCUACAAAUCUGUGAUCCUAUGACUAGAUGUUACGGAGUCGUUGCAGCUCCGUAGUUUUCAUCUCUUCCCCUUGUUGUUUCGCAUUGCUAGAUUAUAGCACAUUGUGUCAUGAAGCCGUCCCAACGCUGUCUCCUGUUACUGGCUGUUGGUGGUUGGACAGAGAAAUACACAGUGUAUAAUGAUGCCAUUUUGUGCCUUGUGCAUGAAACUAGGCAUUCAGAGAAAAGAAGGGAAGAGAGAGAGAGAGAGAUAGUGGAGCUGUAGUCAAGGCGGUGAGAGUUUUCGGAGACUCCUGUUCCCUUCACACAGCUACACUUUCCCUCUUCUUGGAGUCAAGGCACUAAUUCCUUGUUAGAGGUUGAGCAACCAGUGAGUGCCCCUCUUCAGUUUCUCAAGACAUCCCUAAAUACAUUGAAACCUUGAAUUUGCAAGAAAUCCUUUUCAUCCCUGCUCCACUGCACAUGCUAAGCAGUGAACAACAUAUUUAGUUCUGCUUUCUGCAUUUAUUUGUCUCUGUGGUGUACCUCAGCUAAUAAGAGUUCCCUCUAGUGGCCAAAGGAGGGGAGGGGAGGAAUCUUCUUGGUCUCACAGACUUAAGUGCUAAUUAUCUCACGUAAAAAUUGUGUGUGUGUUUUUAUGGAAAAGCAUUUGAACUACUGUUUUUUUGGGGUUUUUUUGAAAAAGGAAUUAGCACUUUUGUCCCAAUAAGCAUCAGCUCCAAUGAGUUAACACUUUUGAAAUGGGAAAUAAGGCACGCAGACCCAGACAAAAACCCAUAUUGUGCGAAAUGAGUUGAAGGGGAGCUUUAUUUCACAAGGGCUGUCACAUGUUAGACAGAACAAGCUUGUUUUCUCCUGCUCAGGAGGGUAGGACUUGAACCAAUGACUUCAAGUUACAAGAAAGGAGAUUCCGACUAAAUAUUCGGAAAAAAACUUUCUGACAGCAAGAGCUGUUUGACAGUGGGUUGUGGACUCUCCUUCCUUGGAAGUUUUUAAGCAGAGGUUGGAUGGUCAUCUGUCAUGGAUGCUUUAGCUGAGAUUUCUGCAUUGCAGGAGGUUGGACUAGAUGACCCUUGGGUCCCUUCCAACUCUUAAGAUUCUAUUUUGAUCUGCAGGGCAGCGAACAUCAAAGUUUUAAAACAAUACAAUUUAAAAUGAAAUAAAAGCAUAUCUCAAACAUUUAAAGACAAUUAGAAGUGUUUAGCAUAUCUAAAAACCAUCAUGCACUCUCACUAAUUCCAAGGCUGCUGUGGCCAGUACAGUGGUACCUCAGGUUAAGAACUUAAUUCGUUCCGGAGGUCUGUUCUUAACCUGAAACUGUUCUUAACCUGAGGUACCACUUUAGCUAAUGGGGCCUCCUGCUGCCGCCGCACAAUUUCUGUUCUCAUCCUGAGGUAAAGUUCUUAACCCAAGGUACUACUUCGGGUUAGCGGAGUCUGUAACCUUAAGCGUCUGCAACCCGAGGUACCACUGUAUAUUUCAGCCAUCAAAGGCCUGGGUAAUUAAAUUUUAAAACAGGAAUGUUUUAACAUUUCUCCUGAAAGUCGAUAAAGACGGAGACAUCAUAUGCUCAGUCACUGUAGAUACAUUUAUAGUCCCAGAAUGUUAUUAUUGAAUCUUGAGAUGAUGUAUGCAUUUGUUUUAUGUGCAGCGGGAUAAAUGUGCUUAUGCCGGGCCUCACCACUUACAUGGACCACACUCAUCAAAAGACAUGUGAACUUGCCCAAGUUGCAAUUUUUGUGCAUUCCUAAUAAGCCAUAAAACAAAUGGAGAGCAACUGUUUUCCUUUGAUAGCAUCACUUCUGGUAUGAAGGUUCAGGCAUACAGAAUGCGAACGCCUGUGUUCUCCACGUAGUAAUUUUCUUCUUCACUGGUUUUUCUUUUUCAGCAAAGUGUUUAUUGCCCAGCUCUUCUCUCCAUAGCUCAACAAUCCUUUGGAAACGCAAUCGAAAACUCCCGCUUCUCUUUCUUCAGAUUCAAGGACCGAUGCCUUUGCUAUCCUUGAGAAAAGUUUUUUUUGGUCUGUCCCUUGCCUCAGUCAUAUUCACAGCAUGGUACAUGGUCGUCCCCUCCAACAAUGUGGCGGAAUAUAACAACUGGAUGUACUUCUAUGACUAUGAGCCCAUCCAUAAGCAGGACUUCCUCUUUACGCUACGCGAGCGAUUGAAAUGUGAAGACAACAAUCCGUUCCUCAUCAUCUUGGUGACGUCACAGCCUACGGAUGUGCGGGUAAGGCAGGCCAUUCGAGUAACCUGGGGGUCUCAAAGAUCCUGGUGGGGGAACCAGGUGUUGACACUGUUUCUGUUGGGCAAAGGAGCAGAAAGCGACGACUUCGCAAGCUUAUCUAUAGAAGAUGAAAGCAUUCUUUAUGGUGACAUCAUCCAACAAGACUUCCUUGACACUUACAGCAACCUUUCCUUGAAAACCAUCAUGGCUUUCAGAUGGGUGACAGAGUUUUGUUCCAGUGCUAAAUACGUUAUGAAGGCAGAUUCAGACGUUUUCAUCAACACGGGCAACUUAGUGAAAUUCCUUCUGAAUUUGAAUGCCUCGGAAAACUUCAUUACUGGCUACCCUUUAGUGAAUACCUUCUCUUACAGAGGAUUUUAUAAGAAAACCUAUAUUUCUUACACGGAAUAUCCCUUUAGGAGGUAUCCUCCAUACCUCAGUGGACUUGGUUAUGUCUUCGACACCAGACUGGCUGCAAAGGUUUAUAAAAUGAUGGGUCAUGUUAAGCCUAUUAAGUUUGAAGAUGUCUAUGUUGGGAUCUGUUUAAAUAUACUUGGUGUGAACAUCUCCAUUGCAGAAGAUAAAGAACUCUUCUACUUGUACAGAAUCGGCUUUGAUGUUUGCAAGUUCAAGCACUUGAUUGCCGUACAUGGUGUAUCGCCCCAGGAAAUGGUUUCCUUCUGGCAGGAAAUAACAAGAGAGACUUCACUUCUGUGCCAGUGAUUCCAUCCUGUUUUAAAACCCUGUUACUUUAAGCCUGUUUGCUCCCCAGCAGAGCAGGGGUGGGCAGAUUUUAGGCUGUGUGUCCCUCCCCCCCCCCCCGAACCAAGAACUACUGUCAAGAGCCAGGAACAAAAUCUGUAAGCACCUUCCAAGUCUACAAAAUGUCUUUUCCCAAAUGUGGUUCUCCAGCUGUUUGUUGGACUACAACUCCCAUCAUCCCCAGUCACUGGUCCUUGCUAGCUAGGGAUGAUGGGAGUUGUAGUCCAACAACAGCUGGAGACCCAAGUUUGGGAAACGCCGCUUUUAGAGGUUGAGGUGUUUGAUGCUCUCGCAGCUUCUGCAGUUUAUACGACAUAAAUUUGUGAGGACUUUUGUGAAGCUAGGAAAUGAUUAUAAGGAAAGUCUUAUGCACCAGUGGACAUGCACAUAUCGGACACUCAGCGGGGCCCAUUAUAGUUGCAAUGUUCUGACCUUAUGCUUCUGCUUCUAGCCACUGUUAGAAGGGGGAGGCAGGACAUUUGGGUGAUUCAGCAGGAGUGUCCUUUGCACAGCUUCUCCCAACCUGGUGCGCUCUAGAGGUUGUUGCGCUCAUAGCUCGAACCAUCUGUGCCCACCGGCCAUGCUGGCUAUGGCUGAUGGGAGUCCAAAACAUUUGAAGGUCACUUUCAGAAAUGUAAGUAUUAGUUGAGUAGUUGUGCUUAGUGCAAUACUGACAGGGGCCUGCUUUGUGCACCACAAUAAGCCAGAGCAGGGCAUACCAUGACUCCAUGAACAUGCUGGUUGCCAGUGAGGAAGUCACACUCGUUUUCCUCCUCCCUGGACUUCUUAGCUCACCGCAGGACGUGCUUUGGCUCAGCGUGUCAUCCAAACCAGGGAUCAUGGUUAAGGUGUUUCAGUCGUGACCUGUAACCAUAGAUGGUUGUUAAGGAGGGAGGAACCUAACCAGGUUCAGGCAACAUGCUAAGCCAAUCCAUGGCUCCACUGCCAUUUUGCGCUGUCCCAAAAAGCACAGGGAGGAACAAAAAUGCCUAUGGCCUCCUCCUCGCGAGCCAUUGUUUUGGUGCUAAACCAUGGUUUGAACUGGGUGCGUGGUCAAUGUGAUAGCCUGUUACACAUAAUGAAAGAUACGCUUUCUGCAAAUGGGUUUGUGCAUUCUGUUCCUCCUCCUUUAAAUCAAUUUAGGGGAGGUAUGUAUUACAGCUCCGGAGAAUCGAAAAGCACUGAAAUAUAACAGGGGCUAGAUAGUUAUCCACUGCCGGUCAUAUCUUGACAUAUCUAAACCUCUUGUUUAGGUUUACUGCAGUAUUUUUUUAUUUUAAUAAGUUUUUACUGGUGGUCUGAUAGCUUUCAAAUCACGGAACUUCCAUCCAUGGGAAACUCACUUGAUUCCCUCAUUAAAGGGAACCUCAGACAAUAGGUCAACACUCAGAGGCGUACCUAGGCAUUGGAGAGACUGACUCUCGCUGGUGAAACUUCCCGUCCUUCUCACAUCACAGCACAAAGGUGUGCGUCCCGUCCCCCCCUUACCCUUAUUCCAGACGCUUUUUGAGACAAGUAGAAUGGAGCGAUUUCUAAUGUGGCAAUUGUGGUAACGUGAUUGGGGGCACAUGCCGAUACAGCUUCUUGCCCAGGGAUCCGAGGGAUGCCAUUGUCGACGCUCCACUCCUUCAAGGCACAUUUGGGAUAAGAUUCAUUUAUUUCUAUAAUUUACACACUGCCUUUCUGCUCUUAAUCUGCACAAGCAUCUAAAAUGCAAAACAGCACAGUAGCCGAACCAUUGCCAUUCCUUUGAGAGCAGCAGCGAUUUAAAAAUGCACUGAGAGCCAGAACUAAAUAAGUAAAUGCCCACUGAACCAUUCCGGAAUCCUCUGCUCAAUCUGGAAAAAGGUUGUUCCUCCUGUGUGUGUGUUUUGGUAAAACACUUAUAGAUAUCCAACUACGGCGUGGUCCAAAACUCUUCCCAAGCUGCAAACCAGCGGCUUCAAAUGUCAUGUGAUAGGUCAUUUAGCUGUUCUUAGGGUUAUGUUUUGUUUUCUGUAGUUCUUAUAAUGUUGCUGCUGUAUUGUUUUCAUAUAUUAGUACUUUGUGAAUUUUGAAUAACGGGAAAGUGGAAUAAAAAUGAAUGUUGGCUCUGCCCUUGCCUCCGGUCAUGGGGGGUGGGUCGCUUCAGAACUCCAACUGGUCUUACAUUCUGAGGAGAUCCCAAAUGGGCGGGAUCAUACACAAAGAGGUCGAUUAAUCACCUUUUAUCACUGGACACCAGUCUGUUUUGGUUUUGCAUACAAUUUUCUCUCCUGUCUUUUCUCCCCUCUUACUCUUUCCCAGUCACUUGUGUGUCUCCCUGCUCCCCAGUGGUUUCCUCUCGCCUCCCUUUCUAUAGAUCCCUGCCUUUUCAUCUUUCCCGCUUUCCUGCUCACCUCUAGGACUAACAGCUCCCGCUCCUGCUAUCCCAUUGCACCCUUUCUGACACAGCACCCACUCCCUUUGUAGCUUGCUUCAUCUCUCGACUUCCAUCUCUCUUCUUGCGCCCAAACCAUCCCGGUUCCUUUGCCUCCUCUGUUAUUCCUCUGUCACUCCUGUCCUCCCGCAACCCACCGCCUUGCAAGGACCUGGCUCAGACACUUUUAACCAUGGCAUCCUUUGGCUGUUGGCUGUUCCCACCCACCAGGAUCCCCUCGCAAUCUGUAUGCAAAUAAACACAUUAAUUAAGAUGUUCUUGGUUUUAUUUUUA